CGGACUACUUCAAGGACAGCUUUCAACUGCCAAUUCUAGGCCUGAGCACAUCUUCACAGCACUGAACUCAAUAUCUCCAAAUUUCGAGACUUCUUUUGUUUUCUUGAAUGUCAAGUGUGAAGUUUUCGAUGGAUUGUGUUGGUUCUUGAGGGUUUGCUCACUUCUUAUUCUUAGCCUCAUUUUCGUGCUUGUUCCUUGUUCUUUAAGGAGACCUUUUUUUAUUGGGGUUCAAUCGAAUUCAGAGGAUCGAGAGGAUUGCACAUGUGAAUAUUACAAAGGAGGGAGAGAUUGAUUUGGAGAAUUGUAUGCGCAAAGGAAAAUAAGGGAAUCCACAUCGAGCGGGACGUGUCAAACGAACUUCUGGUAAAAUGAAUGGAUUCUCAGAUCAUGGGUUAGAUGAGGGGUCGUUUGGGGAGAAAGGGGGGAUUGUGAAGGCUUUUGAUGCUUUUCCCAAAGCGAAACCACAAUACGUAACACAAACUUCUGGGGGCGGCAAAUGGACCGUCGCCAUGAUGCUCGUGUCCUUCGCUCUCCUCGUCUCCGAAUUCAUGCGUUGGUGGACUGGCCACGAAACCCACACCUUCGUGGUUGAGAAGGGUGUUGGUCAUUCCCUACAGAUAAACAUGGAUAUGGUCAUCAAAAUGAAAUGUUCGGAGAUCCAUCUUAACGUCCAAGAUGCGGCUGGUGAUCGCAUAUUAGCUGGUAUAAUGCUCAAAGAGGAUGCGACAAAUUGGAAACAAUGGGUGGAUGCCAAGGGUAUACAUCAAUUGGGUAAAGAUGCACAUGGAAGAGUGAUUACCGGAGAGGAAUAUCAUGAGGAGGGAUUUGGGGAGGAACAUGUUCAUGAUAUUGUGGUACUAGGAGGAAAGAAGAGGCCGAAGUUUGCGAAGACCCCGAGACUUAAGGGUGGUCCUAAGGGGGGUGAUAGUUGUAGGGUUUUUGGAAGUUUGGAGGUUAAUAAGGUACAGGGUGACUUUCACAUCACUGCCAGGGGUCAUGGAUAUCCGGAGAUGGGAAAACAUUUGGAUCAUAGUGCAUUCAAUUUCUCACACAUAAUCAACGAGUUAUCAUUCGGUCCUUUCUACCCCUCCCUUCUCAACCCCCUCGACCGCACCAUCGCCGGCACACCCAACCAUUUCCACAAAUACCAAUACUUCCUCUCCGUAGUCCCAACUCUCUACUCCCUCUCGCCAUCAACAUUUUCUCCCUCGUCAUCUCCCACCCUUCUACGCACAAAUCAAUACGCUGUUACAUCACAAGAACAUAUUGUAGGCGAACGCAGCAUACCGGGUAUAUUCUUCAAAUAUGAUAUUGAACCGCUUCUUUUGACAGUAGAGGAAAGUAGAGAUGGAUUCUUGAGAUUUGUGGUUAAGGUUGUCAAUGUUGUGAGUGGUGUGUUGGUUGCGGGCCAUUGGGGAUUCACGAUUACAGAGUGGGGAUUGAGGGUUUGGGGACGAAGGAGUGGGAGAGGUGCGAAGGGUAUGUUGGAUAGUGGAAAGUACAAUGAGGAUUAAAUAGUUGUUGCGAAGGUUGGAAGAGAUUUUGUCACAUGCUUGUGGAUUGAAAUACAAGGGAAGGCAUGGGAAUACAGGUAGAGCUCGAGGCGGAAAAAGCGAAAUGGGAAGAGAGGAAGCAGUUCGGAAAGAAGUAGAAGAGAGUACAAGGAAUUUAGGUAUUUAUAUAUUCUCACACACCAGGAGUUUAGGCAGGGAAAUGGGAAUGGGAAAUGGACAUAUCAAAUCUGAAUCUGAAUGCAAAAAGACUCAAAAUAUCGGUAAUUUCGUAUCAUGGAGAAGGUGAAUGAUCAA